AGCCGGAUCCUUAAAUUGGGGGAUAAAGGGGCACUCCUCCAUUGUUGUCUAGAGUUAAGAUUUUUAAUCCAUAAACCUAAAAUCAGAGGACAACUACUUGCUUUUUCAGUGCACCCCCAGUCAGUAGGGGGGUGCUGAAAGAGCUGGGCAAUAACUGUGCAGACCAAUAAACCUACAGAGAGAUGCCUUAAUCGUGUCUUCCUCCGGAAAGUGUUCUGGAACCUAUCGUUUGAAUUAGCCGAGUCAGGCAGGGAGGGGCGGGGAGUCCUUCCGCCCUUCUUAGGAGGGGCUGCAUUGCAGGGGGAGACUGAGCGGACAGACUCAGUCACAGAAGAGAGAGGGAGCUUGAAGACAAAGCCGGCGAAGCCCCCUCUGCUGCCUUUCUCUCCAGCCCAGAGCAGGGACCGAGCCUGGGGUCCUCUCUCCAUCUUUGGAACACACACUAGUAAUUCAUUGAUAACAGGAAGUUAUGAGGGACCCUGUGAGUAGCCAGUACAGCUCCUUUCUUUUCUGGAGGAUGCCCAUUCCCGAACUGGAUCUGUCGGAGCUGGAAAGCCUGGGUCUGUCAGAUACAUCCACCUACAAGGUCAAGGACAGCAGCGCUGGCAAAAUGACCGGGCAAGCAACGGAAACAGAGCAGGAGAAAAACCCUGAAGGUGAUGCCCUCCUUCAGUACAGCACCUUCAACUUCUGGAGAGCUCCCAUUGCCAGCAUCCACUCCUUCGAAUUGGACUUGCUCUAAGCCCAAGUCUUCUCUCUCCCACCAUCUUGCCCUCAUUGUCUUCCCUUUCAAGCCCCUUCCUUUCCGUCCUUUUCGCCUAUUAAUCUUGCUCUCUCCCCUCCAUUGUGUUGAGGUGGUGCUGAUGAAUCUGGCAGAGUUGUGAUUUAUAUAUUUAUUUAUUAAUUUAUUAUUUAUUUAUUUAUUUAUUUAUUGUAUCAAUUUCUCUUAAAAGCCCUCAAGCCACAAAGUAAAGGGUUCAGGCAAUGGAGUGCACUUACUGGGUCACAAGGAUUACUCCUCCCACUCCAUAUUAACUCCAGAAAACAGGCCUGAUGGGGGCACCACAGAGUAGUAUAGGAGCAUAAAAUGAAAGGACUGAUUUUUUUUUUUUUUUUUUAACCUCAU